CUGUCUAUCUUAUCUCCCACUCGUAGUAAUGGAGCAUCACAACACAAUAGAAGCAAAAAUAAUGUGUCCUCAUGUGCUCCUCUUCCCUCUUCCAAUACAAAGCCCUAUCAACUCCAUGCUUCAACUUGCCGAGCUUUUUUGCCUCGCCGGUUUACAAGUUACUUUCCUUAACACUAAUCACAAUCAACAGCUUCUCUACCGUCAUACCAACGUCGAAUCUAGAUUCAGGCAAUAUCCUAAAUUUCAAUUCCGGACAAUUUCCGAUGGUCUUCCCGACGAUCAUCCCCGCUCCUUUCCUAUGUUUGAAGACCUUAUUAAUUCCUUGCAAGCUGUGGCAGAGCCUUUUCUUAAAGAUAUAUUAACAGAGUCCGGUGUCACGUGUGUUAUACCUGAUGGAUUAUUUUAUUAUGCAGUGGAUAUUUGUAAUGAGGUUGGAGUUUCUGUUAUUUCUUUUGAUACUAUUAGUCCUUGUUGCCUCUGGGUUUACCUCUGUUUCCCCAAACUCAUUCAAACUGGAGAUAUUCCCUUCAAAGGAAAUGAUGAUUUGGACAUGUUGAUAGAAAAUGUACCUGGCAUGGAAGAUCUUCUCCGGCGUCGCGAUUUUCCAUUCUAUCGCCUCACAAAUUGUGCAACGGACCUCUAUUGCCAACUUGCUCUCAAGGAAAUCCAAAGUAUACCUCGAUCCCAUGGACUCAUAUUAAAUACAUUUGAAGAUUUGGACGGUCCAUUACUAUCUCACAUUCGCUCUCAUUGUCCACAAACGUAUGCUGUUGGGCCGCUACACUUGCAACUCAAAACUAGGCUUGCUGAUAAAAGAAUGUCCUCUUCAAAUAGUUUGUGGGAAGAAGAUCACAGUUCAAUUCAAUGGCUUGAUGCACAGCCCAUAGAAUCAGUAAUCUAUGUAAGUUUUGGAAGUCUUGCAACUUUGACAAAGGAGGAAAUGUUGGAGUUUUGGCAUGGAUUAGUAAAUAGUGGAAUCAGAUUUUUGUGGGUCAUGAGGUCCGACUUAUUGAGGGAAGAAGAGUUUAGCCACCAAUUUGUGAAGGAGCUAGCAGCCGGUUGCAAAGAAAGAGCCUACAUAGUGAGUUGGGCUCCACAAGAGAAAGUACUAUCCCACCCAGCUAUUGGUGGAUUUUUAACUCACAGUGGAUGGAACUCGACCAUGGAAAGUAUUGUUGAAAGAAAGCCUAUGAUCUGUUGGGCUGUUUAUGUGGACCAACGAGUCACUAGUAGAUUCGUCGGUGAGGUGUGGAAAAUUGGGUUGGACAUGAAAGACAUUUGUGAUAGAGACAAUAUUGAGAAGGUGGUGAAAGAUUUGAUGGUAACAAAUAAGGAGAAGUUGAAGAAAUCGGUUGACAAGUUAUCUAUGUUGGCAGAAAUUAGUGUUGGAGAAGGAGGUUCAUCGUACAAUGCUUUUGAAUAUCUGGUCGAUGACAUUAAAAAGUUAGGCAGAAGAGACAAGGAUAUCAAUCCUAACAGCAUAGGAUAAACAGGCUAUCCUACUUUCCAGAUAACCUGUGAUCUCUAUAAAUCUGGAAAUCUCUCCCCGGGCUUUGAUUUUGCAGUCUAAAUCGGAGACCAAAAAUCUAAUUCUCCUGUCAUCUCCAACUUUAAUAAAUGCAUGUUUGGGAGAAUACCUCUCACCCUUUGCUAUUCUUGUUUCAAUAGACUCAUUCCAAGGGAUGUGAUCGUUUGAAACUAGUCCCUUUAUCCUGUUGUUAGCUGUUCUCUCAGAAACAUCAAUUUGGAAUUGCAAAAUUCCAUGACUGCUUCUUGUCUGGUGUCUCAGUUUUGUGCUGCCAAAAUACCUCCUCCCUAUCUUGGCCUUAGCUUCCAUGCUGUAAGAUGAAUUAAUUCCCCUCAUCCAGAGAACCUCGUAACCAAUUGUUCACUUUUGCUGGAACUUCAAAUAUUAAGAGAUCACUGUGGUUUGGAAUGGCUCUAACACACUGUUUAUCAAGGCCAGCCUGCCUACCUCCAGAGGAUAGAUACCGCGUUUUCCAUGUGGCUUAGCCUUCUUUUAAAAAGAAAAUCCACCACUU